UCGCUCAAACUUUGAAGGAAAAGAGCAUAAUCUCCACCAUCUGUCGUCGUUCGCCGGCCAUGAAUCUAUCGUGUGCAUGGAUUGCGGUGCACCUUGAAAUAUUAUGUAGCCGUAGCGCUGCUGGUCUCGAUAGUCUUCUCCCUCAGCGCUACUUCAUGAAUGGCUCGCCGAGCGGGUUGCAUCUCGGCUUUCAAAACAACGGCAGCAGAGGGCGUCAAGAGAUUUUGGGUAUUACUGGGGAAAUGAUUGAUCUCCGUGCUUACUCGUUUUCGCUCUUUAUAUUUGCUCAGAAUUUCCUCGACAUGGUCGCUACAUUAGCUGGACGAAUUAUUUUGGCCUCGACUCGGAAAUUAUUCGAGUCGAGAAGGCGUGAUGACAAACCAUACGACCAUUUUCAUAGCUCAUGAAUAAACGCAAUCCAAAUCUGACC